AUUCUGAUGAUGUUCCCCUCCGCCCUGUGACGCUUCUGCGCCGUCGGAGCAGUGUUGGGAUAGCAAUGGAGAUCCCGGGAGUUUCGGCCCGGGUCCUGGUGCUCCCCAAUGCGCCGGGGUCCGGGAGGAAGCGCACUGCGAGGGCAGCGGGGGCUGCAACGAGCAAGCAGCAGAUCCUGGACGAGGAAGAGUACAUCGAGGGCCUCCAGACAGUCAUCCAGCGGGACUUUUUUCCUGAUGUGGAGAAGCUACAAGCACAGAAGGAGUACCUGGAGGCCGAGGAGAAUGGAGACUUGGAGCGAAUGCGCCAGAUCGCCAUUAAGUUUGGCUCUGCCCUGGGCAAGAUGUCCCGAGAGCCCCCGCCCCCCUAUGUGACUCCAGCCACUUUUGAAACCCCUGAGGUGUACACAGGCCCUGGUAUGGUGGGCAGCAAGCCCCAGCCCCGGGGCCGAGGACCAGAGGAUGGAGAGACUGGAGAGGAGGAGGAGGAGAAGGAGCCACUGCCCAGCCUGGAUGUCUUUCUGAGCCGUUACACAAGCGAGGACAAUGCCUCCUUCCAGGAGAUAAUGGAGGUGGCUAAGGAGAAGAGCCGGGCACGCCACGCCUGGCUCUACCAGGCCGAGGAGGAGUUUGAGAAGAGGCAGGAGGAUAGUCUUGCAGUCCCAUCGGCAGAGCAACAAGCCAUUGAGAGCAACCAGACUGGAGUGGAGACCUGGAAGUACAAGGCCAAGAACUCCCUUAUGUACUACCCAGAGGGGCUGAGUUGGAGCCUACCCACGCCUCGGAGCCUGUUGCUGUUUCUGCUUAACUUGCCAGGCGUUCCUGAUGAAGAGCAGCUGUUCAAGAAGCCUCGGCAAGUGGUGCAUAAGAAUACACGCUUCCUCAGGGACCCCUUCAGCCAGGCCCUAAGCAGAUCCCAGCUCCAGCAGGCAGCUGCCCUCAACGCCCAGCACAAACAGGGCAAGGUGGGCCCUGACGGCAAGGAGCUGAUUCCCCAGGAGUCCCCGAGAGUGGGCGGAUUUGGAUUUGUUGCCACCCCGUCUCCUGCCCCUGGUGUGAACGAGUCCCCUCUGAUGACCUGGGGUGAAGUCGAGAAUACACCCUUGAGAGUAGAAGGACCAGAAACACCCUAUGUGGACAGGACUCCAGGGCCAGCCUUCAAGAUCUUGGAGCCGGGGCGCCGGGAGCGGCUGGGGCUGAAGAUGGCCAAUGAGGCUGCUGCCAAGAACCGGGCCAAGAAGCAGGAGGCCUUGCGGAGAGUUACAGAGAACCUGGCCAGCCUCACCCCCAAAGGCCUGAGCCCAGCCAUGUCCCCAGCCCUGCAGCGCCUCGUGAGCAGGACGGCCAGCAAGUACACAGACCGAGCUCUGCGGGCCAGCUAUACACCAUCUCCAGCACGCUCAGUCCACCUCAAGACCCCGGCUGGUGGGCCCCAGACCCCCACAGGCACACCGGCUCCUGGCUCUGCCACUCGCACCCCCCUCAUCCAGGACCCCGCCUCCAUCACAGACAACCUGCUGCAGCUGCCUGCCCGGCGCAAAGCCUCAGACUUCUUCUAGGGCCAGAUCUGGCUGGGCCAGUGGGCCUUCCUGGAGCCUGCAGGGUAGCCGCUCACCCCCCAGAAGACUCUGGCCUGCUGGAGGCCCAGCCCUGGGACAGAGGAAGUUGACCUGCCAGAGGAAAGGUGCAGUGCUACGGCCAGGCGCAGCAGCACAGGACACCCCGGCACCCUGUGGGACUCGUCAGUACUGUUUUCUGUUUAAGCUGUCUGUGGCAUCAUUAAAGAGCAGUUGGUGUA